AUGUCGCCGUCGCCAUCGCUGUCGUUAUCGCGCCUUUUGAGGUUAUCCGUCUGUACCACGCUCUGUCUAGUGCUGGUCGUUUUCCACGUGCCCAGUGUCCUUCCGUCACCGUUGGACUCGUACGAUCGUUACACUCGCGCCCAUAAAUAUGAGCGAUCUGCAGAGGCUCAUGAUGGAAAGAGGGGUGCCGUCGCGAGUGAGAGCGCGAUUUGCAGUAGGCAUGGCACGGAUAUUAUCCUGAUGGGCGGGAACGCUGCUGAUGCUUUGGGACGACUGCUGAUUCCGGUAGAUGGUAGCGACGAUGCUUUGUGUUGGGGUCGUUGCAUCGACCUAGGGAUGUACCACAGCGGCAUUGGAGGCGGCGGCUUCAUGCUUGUCAAAUCUCCCGAUGGCUCCUUUGAGUACAUUGAUUUCCGGGAAACCGCCCCGGCGGCGGCCUAUGAGACAAUGUUCAAUAAUUUGACUGACGCAUCCACGCUUGGUGGGCUGGCAAGCGGCGUCCCUGGUGAACUCCGCGGCCUGGAACUCCUCCACAGCAAGUACGGCUCGCUUCCCUGGUCUGUGCUGGUACAGCCGGCGAUAAACACCGCGCGCAAUGGGUUCCCCGUCGGCCAGGACCUGGUCCGGUACAUGGAUUCCGCGGUCGGCGACGGCGAAGACUUCCUUGUUAAUGAUCCCUCUUUCGCCGUCGACUUUGCGCCUAACGGUGAGCGCGUCAAGCUUGGGGAUACCAUUACGCGGAAACGGUAUGCGAAAACGCUUGAAACAAUUGCGGCCGAGGGCCCGGACGCCUUCUACUCGGGUCCGAUCGCCGAGUACACGAUCAAAGCGCUCCAAGCUGCCAAUGGUACUAUGACGUUGGAAGACCUGCGCAACUAUACUGCCGUUGUACGGGAUUACUCGCAGAUCAAUUACCGUGGGUAUCAGGUUACGAGCACGACUACGCCGUCGAGUGGGAGCGUUGCGAUGAAUAUCCUUAAGGUCCUGGAUACAUAUGAGCCGCUGUUUACGCCAGAGAAUGUCAAUUUGAGUACUCAUCGGUUGGAUGAGGCGAUGCGGUUUGCGUAUGGUCUGCGGACCGUACUUGGAGACCCAGGCUUUGUUGACGGAAUGAGCGAGUACGAAAGGGAUAUGAUCUCCCAGCAGACUGCCGAUGAGAUCCACUCAAAAAUCUCCGACCUUCGCACACAGAAUGUAUCUGCCUAUGACCCAGCUGGGAUCGAGAGUUUGGAAACACCAGGAACAUCCCAUAUCGCCACAAUCGACCGCUCUGGCCUUGCCGUCUCGGCCAUCACCACCAUUAACCUUCUCUUCGGCAGCAGAAUCGUCGUGCCGGAGACGGGCGUCAUAAUGAACAACGAGAUGGACGACUUCUCCGUCCCCGGCUCCUCCAACUCCUUUGGAUACAUCCCUUCCGAAGCGAACUACAUCCGGCCAGGCAAGCGCCCUUUAUCCAGCUGCACCCCUGCAAUCGUUACGCACCCCAACGGCACAACCUUUUUCAUCGCAGGGUCUGCAGGCGGCAGUCGAAUCAUCACCGCCACCGUGCAAAACAUUAUCCACGCCGUGGAUGAGGGCUUAUCUGCCGCUGAGGCGCUUGCCAGACCGCGAUUGCAUGAUCAGUUGAUCCCGAACCAGGUCGCGUUUGAGUAUGCGUACGAUAACUCGACUGUUGCAUUCAUGGCCGCACGCGGGCAUAAUGUUACGUGGAUGGCGCCUGGAACUAGUACGGCGCAGGCGAUUAGGGUCUUGCCAAAUGGGACGUUUGAAGCGGCAGGGGAGCCGAGACAAUUGGAUGCUGGGGGCUUCGCGGUCUAA